CCUCAACACUAAAACCUAUAAGGACACUUUAAAAGGAAGUUCCGUUUUGUAAAGUUUGCAGUAAUGGAACACUUUUGGUUUCGAGUUCACUGCUCCCCCAAAAAAGUGCCCGGAUGUUGUGAGAGGAACAACGUGGCGGGAUGCUAUCGACCUGUGGGACAUGCCAGCCCACGCUGAUGGCCUCCCGGUGCCAGCAAAACCGUUCUCACCACACGCUCACACACACACACUCACACACACACACGCUCUCACACACACACACACACGCUCACACACACGCUCUCUCUCACACACACACGCUCACACACACACACGCAAACAGAGAGAGGGAAGGAAGCAAGGCGAGUGUCAAGAGAAAACCCAGUGUGACGAGCUUUCUAUUGCAAGGACACGACGACGACAACGACAACAACGCCGCCGCUACCACCACAGCAGCGGCAUCGCAGCACGACCGUCGGCAUUCCGCAGGCGACUGACAGGAGGACGCCCCGCGACAGUCUAGCACCAAGCUUCCACAGACUGCGCAUGCGUGCACGCACAGGCGCGCUCGCGAACGAGAGUCAGUGCCGUCAGCACGCCACACUGUGACCUAAUUGUAGUCGGGGGGCCCCCACAAGCUCUGCUGGCAGCUGUGUCAGCCCCUCCCUGAUUCCAGCCGGCAUCUUCCUCUCGUCCCCCCCAGUUCUAGCUAGCCUCGAGGAGACGACCAUCUCUCUCCGCCCUCCCUGCCCCCUAACCUCCAUUCCCCGCAUCCUCAGCGACACGGCCAGCGACACUCUCCAGCAGCUGUCUCCUACAUCGUGAGUGCUGCAGCGGCCGCGACGGAUCUGUAAGCUGGUUGGGGUCUGUGUGUGUGUUUGUUCCUGUCUCCCACCUCCCAGCAAACCCCCUCUUCAGGCAGCCAAGCACCUCCACUGCUGGGAGUUAGGAGGAUUCUGUGCUCAGAAGUCGCCGUGAACUGCCCAGCAUCGCGAGGCUUCAACAGGCCACUUCGCACGGCGCGCUCGUCUGCAGCCUCGGCUGCAGCACAGCAGCAACAACAACAACUGCCGUUCGUAUACGUAGUGUUCAAGUGGACGACAGUGUGCAUAGGUCCUAAGUGUAAGCCUGUCGGUUCCCGCUCAACCGUCUACCCAAGGGUGCCAUGUGACGUCACUUCCAGUUCCAUCCUCCUGCCGCUGGUGACUAGACAGUUGUGAUGCCUCGCGCCGCGUGGGGCAACAUGGCCUCCGAAUUCCCCACCCAGCAGACGGCAAGUCACUUCCUGCCGGAGGUGGGUUCUUCCACGGCUUCCUCCAUCUACAUCUCCUGGCAACCACCCAGCCCCGCGAACCCCGCCUCCGUGGUGGAGGGUUACCGGGUGCACUACCAAAAGGUGGCCAGCACCUACGUCCAGUACAGCCCCUUCCUGCCCUCCUCCACCACCAGCUACAGCGUCAACAACCUGGUGGCCGACACUUAUUACAAGGUGUGCGUGGUCAUGUACCGCAACAACACGGUGCCGGAGCGGGAGUGCGUCGAUGCCGCCACCACCAGCUGGCACAUCCCUGUCUCCAUCGGCAGCAGCAUUGGCGCCGUCCUCGCUCUCUCCAUCAUCGUCCUCAUCGUCCUGCUGUCGCGCUGCCCCACCCUGGCGCGGCCUUCCCGCCCCUCCCAUUCGCAGUCCAGCAAGUACGACUCCAUGUCGUCCCACUUCCCCGAGGACCACAACGACCUCAGCGACACCAUAACGCAGUGCCACGACGCCGACGACGACGACGUCUUCCACAGCCACUGCCACAGCGACAUCGUCAGCGCCGGCGGCGACGGCCACAGCAAGCAGGACAUGCAGGUGUGCACCAACAACAACCACCACCCGCAUCCUCACCAUCAUCACCCCCACAGGCAGUCGAUGACCCUGGUGAUGGCGACUGCGACAGGGCGGGGAGGAGGUGCUGGCGCGUGUGGCCACCCCCAGCUUCACUACCAUCACCACCAUCACCACCACCGCACCAUGUCGGUGGGUUCGUGCGGCAGGACUCAGUCGCUGAGCGAACGCUCGCGCCCGCACGUGCACCGCGGAAGGCGCGCCCGGCUCCUGCAGCUGCACAGCGCUCACAACUCCAUCCAGUCGGAGCCCUCGCAUCUCCCGGCACGACCGCUGCACGUCAGCAUCUCCGACCUGCCCCCCGCGGUGCGCAUCUCCACCCCCGACAGCCCGCUGGCCAGUCCCCUCGCUCUGCCACACUCGGCGGCAGCGUCCACCAGCAGCCCCGCCGCUGCCGCCGUCACGCCGCUCUCCGCUGCCGCGCGCGUCAAGAGACACCUGAAGGACACGCCUCGCACCCUCCACAUGAGCAUAGACUACGACGUGUGACGUGUCUUCCGGCAACUGCGCUCGGCCGAUGUCAUCCCGAGGACACGUCCCACACUGUCAUUACUCGCGACUCAUGAAGCUGAGGUCGUGCAGCGCCUCCUCGGACGAUGCUUUCCUCCGUCACUCCCCCCUCCCUUCAAAACAAAAACAAACUCAAAAGACCACGACGGCUUAUUCUCGGAUCUGUUCGCUUGUCUGUCUGCUUCUCAGCAACCUUUGUGCGUCGUAAGGCUGAAUGUUCGUCAUCAGCUUCUUCGUCCUUUGCCUCUUAACCUCUUCUCGUUGGUUAAGACGCCAACGGACCUCAGUGAGCUGUAGAAGUCCCUCGUGGUUCCCAUCGUGUAAGAAUGUGGACUCUUGGUGACGCACUCGGGAAACGUUAAUGUGGCGUCACAAGCUGCUCUCUUUCUCUCUCGCGCACGUCACAUCAACAGCUGACAGCAUCUACCUGGUCUAGCGACAAAGAAUGGAGGACUGAGAGAGAGACAGAAAAGACAACCAUGGAUCUGGCGGACAACCAACCAUCUUCCGGUUUUACAGCAGCUGCGACAAUCGUUGUCCUCACACGUACUCGGCUGCUGCGUGUGCAAACUGUCGAAAGGAAAACAGUGAAGGUCUGCUGCUACCUGCUGCACCCAUUCCAAACACAUUUUAUGGCGGUAACGGCCAGUCUGGCACCCAACAGUCGUCUGGAGGAUGUGACUGUUGGCCUGGGUUGUGUGACGUCACGCUAGCAGUCCAAUCAUCAUUCCACACGCACACCCAUCUCUGCCGUCGGGUACUGGAACGUUUGGCAGGAAACGAGACAGAGACGUUCUAGUUUCCUUCUAAACAAACUCACUUACUGUAAGACCAGCGCUGUCCCUCAUUACACACAAAAAGACAGAUUAACCUUUUAGCUUCCAGAGGAAGGAGUAAGCAGCUUCAAUCAACCUGCUGCCUUUCAUCAUUGGCAAUCACUGAACAAGAACAUAUCCUUUGGAUAAGAACAUAUCCUGUGGGUAUCUUUAACGAUCUCAUGCAGUCACGUGGCCACAGCUUCCGGCGCUAGAGACAAGCUGCCUGCCUCUGCUUGUAUCAGUAACGAGGUGUGAGGCAGAAGACAGUGGCAGAGGACAGUGGCAGAGGAAUGGACAUUUUUUGUUACAAAAUCAGCAGAGCGACGAAAGAGGCAUCCGAGCUACUGGUCUGUCUGCUACCAGGCUGCACCUCGGACAGAACUCAAGCGACUGAGCAGACAGAAACCUUCACAGUAAUUAGUGGAUGAUGUGAUUGCUGUUUUUUGUUUCUUUUGACAUUUUACUAUUCUAAAGCUGUAUGUUUGAGAGACAUUUUACUAUUCCAAAGCUGUAUGAGAGAUACAGAGAGAGAGACAGACAGACAAUACAAAUACAAAACUGCUUGCACAUUCGUCACACAAACUAUUUCAUGUGGGUAGCAAAGAUUCACAGACAGAUUUAAUCAACUCAGAAAGAGAGAAAGCUGUCCAGUUUUUUGUAUAUACCAAUUUUACAUAAACCCCAUGUAUAAGUAACUCCUGAGGACAUUAUUCUAUUAACUACACGUUACACGCUCGGUCACCUCGUGACAACAUGUUAAACAGCUCAUGUCUGUAUUUCCGACCCUCGGGGUUGGCUUUUAGCUGAAAAAUAUGUUUUGCCGUUUCCAGGAGAUAAAGACUGAAAGUCAGGUAGCCCAGCAGACAAACGAAAUGCUAGAGAGAUUAUCCAGUCCAGUGGAACCACCGAAAUAUAUUACUCUCUAACAAACAAGUUUAUGAGAAUGGUAGAAGAACAAAAAAUAAAUAGAAGAGCUCUGUGCAAACGUCUGUACUCUUUAAAUGAUGGUUCUUACAUGGGGUGGGUAGGGUGAGUGAGUAACACAAACAUCUCUAUUUCAUUCUUUUUCUCGGUCAUUUAAAAAAUAAAUCUUGUGUUAAAGUGCACUGAAAGUUCCGCAAGAAAAGCAUGCACUUUCAUUACAGGACACACUGAGAGUGAGGGAGAGAAAGAAUGUAGAGAAGACUGUGGGAUCUUCCGAAAGUCACCAACUACUGACACACAAACACACCGAUAACUGUGCAACUAUUCAACUCAUUAACAAGACUACAGAGAAUGUAAUUAUGUACCCCAUAGACAUAUCAUAAUAAAAUAAAGUAGUGUAAAUGGAA